AUGGCGAAGCAAGGGAGAGAGCGAAGCAGAACGCGCGCAGUGAGAGCUAUGAGCUUUGGUCGGACUUUACCGAACCCCGUCCCGUGCAAGGUGUGCGGCGAUAAAAGCUACGGCAAACACUACGGCGUCUACUGCUGCGACGGCUGUAGCUGCUUCUUCAAGCGGAGCAUCAGGCGGAACAUGCGUUACACCUGCAUUGGCAAGGGCAACUGUCUGGUGGACAAGGCGCGGAGGAACUGGUGCCCGUACUGUCGGCUCAAGAAGUGCUUCGCGGUCAACAUGAAUAAAUCAGCCGUCCAAGAAGAGAGGGGGCCACGUAAGAAGAAACCACAGCAACAGGUGAAACCGGGUCACUGCUCGGCAAGCGGACGCCCCUCCGAUCUCCGCCGGGCUGGAGGUGGCGGCUCUAAAACCUCCUUCCGCCCAUUCCAACCGUGGAACACAAACCAACACAAACACGCCCAUUUCGCUGCCGCCGACCUCGACUCCCUGCCUCCCAGUGGGAGCGCUUUUCGGGUCGUGCCUGUGAGAAAUGGGCACGGUGGGCGUGUCCCCAUGCUGGCGAGCCACGCCCACUUCCCGGGAUUACAUCUCUCGCUGCACCUCCCACCCGUGGCGGCCGCUGCGGCGGCAGCAGCAGCAGCAGCAAGGGCGGAGGGUGGCGCUGGCAUUGAGCGGCACCUCGCCGUGUUCUCUCCCCAGAGUGCUGCUGCAGCCCACCUGACUCAAGCCGCAGCCAUGAGAUCAGAUGAUAACACAGGAGCUAGUACAAGUCCGGUCAGCACUGGAUCCGAGCGGGGCUCGACGUCCUCGGCCGCCGCUGCUACCCCGGCCCAACUUGUCCCGUGGCUGCCUCGUUCUCCCAUGCUGGCAGCCAACUUCCCACUCGCUAUGUGUUCCUCUCCCCGACUCUCCGGCGCAUCAGCCAUCGAAGAGACCGCUACCCAGAUCAUCAUCCACGCAAUAAGGACAUCGAAAUCUGUUCAACCGUUCAGGGCGUUAGACCCGUGGGACCAAACAAGCCUAUUACAGGAAUGUUGGGCGGAGCUUUUCCUGCUACACGCCGCCUACUGGCCCCCUGCUGACUUUUGCGCUCUUCUAAGCCACUCCCACUUAAGGAUGGACGAUGCUAAAACGGAGACGGACUCAAAGGGCACGACACGUCGAAAGAGCGAAGUGGUGGAUGACAUCCAAGAGAUCACCGUACGAUUACGAACCCUCAACCUCAGCACCCACGAGUUCGCUUUCCUGGAGGCCAUCGUCCUUUUUAAACCAGAUACAAAAGGCACACUCCGGGAGAAGAGCAAGGUGGAGUUCUUCCGCGAUCAAUCACAGGUGGUUCUCGCGCAGUACGAGAACAUCGUGCAUCCCGAGAGUCCCGCGAGAUUCGGCAAGCUUCUCCUGACCAUGCCCGCCCUGAAGCGCGUGGGCACGGAAAAUCUGGAAGAACUGUUUUUCCGGAGGACUUUGGGCAAAGUGCAAGUAGAGAAGAUUCUCGAGAGGAUGUGAACAUUUUGAUGUGUCUAGAAAAAGAAGAAAGCGAUGGUAUGGAGAUGAUUUCAUGGCAAUUAUAGCUUUCCAAGGAUGUGCAGUUUGUACUGAAUAUAAAGCGGUUAUUCCCGAUCUCUGGAUAGACGGACAAUAGGCCAUCAACUACCUGCAAUUUGCAAUACAAUACCGUUUAAUGGAAAGAACGAUUUCAGUG